GAGCUAAACUUCCAGACACUUCUGAAACCUGACAAGUAUAUUAUACUGCUUCAUCCAAGCCAGUUAGAAGAAUACGUUGAAACCCGCAGCCUUGUGCAAUCUACAAGAUGGUGAAGCCUGUCUGGGUUUUAUGCUGCUUCCUUCUUAUUGGAGCUGCAGAACUUACCUUAGCAAAUAAAAAUGAAGCUGAGGAGAUACUGAUUGAUUCGGGUCCAUACAGUUCAAGCUAUAUGAUGGCUUACCCAAUAGACGAGAGAGCACCUGAAGACAAUAUGGCAGUAGAAUCCUCAGUACAACCAGUGGUUACUGAACCUCAAGAUAAAGAUAAAAUUGACGAAACUUUACUCCUGUUUCUUCCAUCAGAACAAAAAGAAACAACUUCUGUGGAAAACCCAGACAACAAAGAAAGCAUGAUUACCGGUAUGAUUCAGACCAUGAGAACAGUUAUUCAAAAUCUACCAACUCCACAAAAUUCUCAUUAUGAAAUUCAGGUCAAGGACAGUAGAGGGCCAGAAGAGAAAGAUAUUCGAAAGACUAUGGGUCUUCCACCUUCCUUCAGUCACAAACCAAAAAUAUUUCCAAAAGAAAAACCAUUAUUUCCUUUUCCUCAAUCAUAUUCAAAAUCCAGUCCUAAACGUGUACCACCGUUCUUACCUCACUCUUUGAACCAAUUUCAACAACGUCCUUUUGAACAGUCUAAAAUUCCACCCCAAGUUGCUUCUAUUGUAUUGGAAAGAACUCCGAUUUUUAGUAACGACAUCGAAAAUGACCGCAUACAUAGAGUUUUUGAGGAAGGUGAUUUAAUGACUGAAAGUGUUGGCAAUAAAGAUAUAUUGAGGCAACAAUUACCAAUACAACUACCACAACUUACACCGUUCCAAUACAAUGAACAACGUUUACCUCGACGUUAUCCAAUCCCAAGAGAACUUUCACGAUCUACAGACAGAGCAUUUCCUUUCCCUCAUCCUCUAGAAUAUUUUUCAUUCUCAAACCCACAAUCCUUACCUUCUCAAAUUGUUCCUCAAAUAUUUAUAACAAAAAGGGGUCCCAUGGCUCCUUUAUCAAGUGUGGCUCCAUUGAUAGCAAUGCAAUCUAGGAGGUUACAAUCUCACUUUCACCAACCUCUAAUGGGUCUGAUGCCACCUCCAGUGGUUCCUUUCCUACAACCCAAUCCAUACGUUCGUUCUCCAAUGCAACCCUUAGAACGUGUAAUGGUUCUAUUACACCCUGUCCACGUUCCAGUGCCAGUUCCCGUUUAUCCUAGACCUCCCCUACCUAUGAUCCCUCCACUUCCUUUUGCAAUGUCUGCACCCAGACCUUUCUCUGCACCCCAAUCAAUCUUUGAUUAUUCACCAAUGGAAUCUGUUAUGGAGGAACCCGUUUACAUCCCGAGACCACCCCCCACAUUAUUAGAACAAAUACCCCGUUUCAUGGAAUCUCCACCACUACCUACUCAGCCUCAGUACGUCCGAAUACCUAUACCAGAAAACUCGGAUUCUUCUUCUUCUUCUAUACCUUCAGCUCAAGAAACACUUCUACCAGAGCCAAUAUUCUUUCCUAUGGCCCAAAAUCUGCACACCGCUAGCCAACCGCUUCCUCCACCUCGUUCAAUCCACUCAAGAUAUGUGCAGCUACCGUUCCUACAGGAACAAGAAAGUGAACCAAUUAUACUUCCACUUCACGAGGAAUACAGAGAGGAGUCUAGGUUCCAGCCACUUCUACUAGAAAAGCAAUAUCCAAUGUCAUUACCUUUUAAUGUUAACGAAGAAAAACUCCCAGGCACAUUUCCCCAUCCACGUGGACCUAAUACACAAAGACAACUUUCAUUAAAACAUCAUACGAAGAAAGAAGAGCCGACACUUAUGAUGAUGGUUUAUGAAGAUGAUCAAGAAAGUCUUCGUCCCCAACCCCAAACUUUACACAUAGGCCCUAGAUAUCCUCAAAAAAAUAUACCUUUUAAGAUUCCUUUUCCUGGCGCCGAAUCUUUCAAUAAAAUGAAGCUCAUUAAAGAAACACUAAUGCAAAAACAAGCAAUUCUUCCAGGAAUUCGAUACAACAGUGAACCGAGAAACCCCCCUCCUCCACAAGAAGCAGAAAGUCGCACAUUCCAUCUUACCAUUCCUCUGAACCCUCAUCAUCCCAACAACAGGCCCAUUUUUUAAGGCUUGUACAGCAAAUGUUUACCCACCUUUGCAAAAAAAUGUCAUUUUUAAUUACAUAUCAUAAAAGCUAUUAUAGUUUUUCGUGUUUUGUCUUUUUUUUUGUUAAAAAAUAUAUAGUAUUGGGUGAGCAGCAUAAACACAGCAGCUUGCAUUAAUAUAUUGAAGAUAUACUAUUCUAUUAAAAUUUUUUACUAAACUAAAAAUACGCGUUAAAAAAGAUUCAUAAAAUAAAAAUGUUUAUCUCACGUAUAUAGAGGUUUAAGAAGAAUGUUUAUCAAGGUUUUGAUAAUAAAACUUUUCUUUUAGUUCGUCAAAUGAUAAAAUACCUUUUAUCAACAUUUUAAAAUAAACCUGCUCUUACUUAUAGUUGUUUACUUAGAAAUUUCCAGAAUGGUGUUAUUUUGAGGGUUUGUUUAUGUAAAGGAAUCACACGACACGCGCUUGAUAACAAACCCCUUCUCGAAACUUUUAUUCAAUUACAGGAAUGAAAAAAGUCUAGUUGAUAAGCAAAUAAAAUAUUCGACUGCGAUGUUAAGUAUGCACUUGAAAUGAGAUAUGUACAAAUGC